GAUGCCCUUGUCUAAAAUGCACGAUCAAGAUUAUCCAGACCGGGGUGAGGACCGUCGUCUACAAUCUGAGCUACAAAGUAGACGAUGCGUCAGCCAGACUUCUGGCAGAAGCCGGAGUGGAACUGCGCCGCUUUCAGCCUGGGCGGCCCUACGCCUAGCUGGGUGGCCAGUCGGAACCUAUUGCUGUGGCCUAGUCCGGAAUAGCCCGCAUUAUUAUCUACUGGCACCACAGUCCUCGUUGCUGUUGGACAUCUCACAUGGUUAUCUGUGGAGCUUGCUGCGAUCACGGACUCGUCUUCGGAAAGACAAAAUAGCCCUUCACCGUAGUGUACGCUGCCCUCUAAGCCUCGUUAUGUGUAGAUCUACGCGUGUAAACAAUACAAGAAACUUUCGCUAUGACAUCAGUGCAGCACGGGUGCUUCGAACUUGCGAUCACUGAGCGGC